GCGGAUGGACAGACUGAGGCAGUUACGGCCUGGCCUACUCCCCAGGCCAAAAAUCAGGUUAGGUCAGUCUUGGGUACAGCUGGCUACGGUAAGACGCCUGGGUGCAACUAUCAUGGCUCAGCUGGACCUGGGACUGACCUAGCAGACAGGAAACUGAUGGAAAUGGUGUCCUAGAUGCUAGCAGGUAAAAAGGACUGUUCAUCCUGGACGAAGGGACCUGUAGACACAUCUGGAAGACGAGUUCCAGAAUUCGCCUGUCCGGUUCCGGUGAACACAGGCGCCACUACCUUCGGGUCAGAUGUAGUCCUAGCCUGAGGAAGAAGAUUGGAGAGGGAAAUCUCAUUCUCUAC